UAUACGAUUGCUUUAUAUAUUAAAUUAUUUAAAUCGCUGAAUCACACUUUUUACAUUUUGCUGGAAGGUAAGAUACCCAGCAAAGUGCUUUAUUGCUGUAUACCUCACAACAAUGAUUAAUGAAAUAUUAUAACUGCUCAAAUACCAAUACAUGACAACAGUAUUGUGUAGUUAAGUGUGUGAGGUGUGAUAAAUAUACCAGGCCAGGAUGCAUACUAAUACAGAUGUUGGUCUACCAUAGUAGAUAUUUUAUCUGUUUAGCAGUGAGGAGGCAAUAUCACACUAGUUGAGAGAGAGGGUCAGCUGAAGUUUGCCUAUUUUCCAUUCACCAGAAUUUCACACUUUUAUUAAUGACAAAUACUUUAUUAAUGAGAAAAUAAACCAUACCCUCAAAUAACUUGAAGACAUAACCGAAAGGUAUUGUCUCUGGUUAUUUUGGAGUUUGCAAAUAUUGAAAAAACAGGGGAAAAAUUUUGAAACAAAAUGGUACCUGCCAGUACUUGAACUUAGACAUUCCACAUGAGGGACAAACUGCUUGACCACUUGACUUGAUGCUUGACUCACAUCUGCAUCACUGAAAAACCCACUAUUUUAACAUUGUAUAUGUAUGGAGAUUUGCAAAAAGAUAGGUUACCAUGGGAGCAUCCUCCUCUCUUACAGCAUGGUUUCUUAGUGCAUCUCUAAUUUCCAUUAGCAGAACUUCAGGCUGAUGUAUAUAGAUUAUUUCAAGCCUUUGCUAUCCCCUGCAAAGAAUGCUGAUGUUCAUUUUGGUGGUUUUAGCCAUACUACCUCAAAGAUUUAGAGAGAACAUCACAUUUUGAGCAGUUGAAACAAAGCUGUGACUAAAUCACAUGGAGUAAAGUCGCAUAAAGUAGUAGCAUAGCCUCAAUGCCCCCAUUUUUUCUACACCGCUUUUUAUUUUUCCUACAAUACUGUUUACACACUCAUGUUUUAGGUUUUAUCAUAUUUGACAAAAUAUUCAAGCACUGUUUUUGCUUGUGAUACAUCACCUGACACACGAUACAUCAAAUGUGAUUUUCCUUGUUGUUCUGAACAUUCAGGAAAUCAGGAAGGUAACUCAAUACAAGGUGUUUUGUUUUACAAAGGAAUUCAUCUCGCAAUAAAGAUGUUUAUUGCGAGAUGUCGCGUCAAAGUUUGUCUUAUAUAAGUUCGCAAAGCAUAGAAUAUAGGACGUUGGAUCCAGACCAUGCAUUCAUUGGCAUACUAUGUUUAUUUUCUUAUACGGUUGCAAACUCUUGGUUGUUUCCAAAGAAAAGAGUCUCCCUUACGUUAAUCUGUUCUGAUCAACACGGAUGAUACGUACUUAUGAUGACCAGAAUUUUACUACAAAAUACCGCAAUAUAACACUUUUAAUUUUCAUAAUCGUCUUUUUUUAACAUGCACACAACCCUUGUCUUCUACGAUAGUCUCCAAUAGACUCCGAUAUAUUAAAUGAUUUGAAUUAUUUAUUUUAUUUAUUGAAUUAUUCUGAAUUUAUUCAUUUUGCUUAACCGCUAAAGGUAAACCAGCGUGGACAUUGAACACGUUAAGAAACGUAAAGACACUGGAAAAACAUGUUGCUAUAGAGGUUGCUAAAUUUAUGAAAGAAAAUCAUAUUCAUUCCUUCGAUCAAAAUAUUCACAUGGAAAACAGUCGUGAAACUAUAACAUCUCGCUCUCUUCGUCCACAAACGAAAAAGGUCCUUGCCGUCUUUAAUCUUGCAGAUUCUCAAUCGCUAUUUGGUGAAUGGAUUGCAUUAUACUUAAAGGCUGCUGAGCUGUCACUUGAUCGUGAAUGUUGUGAUUUCGAGAUUAUAACUCAGUCUUUCACAAGUCGCUACGAGCUCAUGUCUUGUAUUACCAAACUGGAGUUCAUUAAAAAUUAUCCCUGUGUUGACGUUUUUGCUGUUUUGAGUUGCCAUUCAAGCUCACAAGGGCAGGUGUUUUCAUGUACGCCAUCUGUCAUGUCAAGAUGUUUUAAGUAUGAAGAGUUUUGUUCUCUUCAUGAUUUUAUUCAAGUCCUUCAAGACGUUUUAGGCCAGUCAUUGUCUGCUGUUCACAUUUCGUCGUGUUUCACCCUUAAACUGGAUUGUUCACAUCAGGACUGGCCAGUUGAUGUUGAAUGGUUAAAGGAAAAGCUUCAUUGUACGUUAUCUGGUAGUAGUAAAGAAGUGUAUGAAACUGGUUCUCAAGUAGCAGAUCUUUAUAUAUCAUUGUCAACAUUGAUUAAUCCACUCAAGUUUAAUGAAUCUUUGGGUGUUAUGCUAAGUAAUGUCAUUCAUGUCGCAAAAAUUGAAGAAUUUCCUGACUUAGCCCAGGAAAUGGGUUUAGAAAUCCUAUCUCCUGAAGAUGUUGGAAGAAAGGCUUUGACCCCAAGCACGGAUGAGGAGGUGUCUGCCCCUAGUCAAGUAAACUCGUCAGUACAUGUGGUUAUUUUAGUUGGGAAUGACUCGAAUGAUGAACAGUCAAAAGAAACGCAUCAUGCUCUGGCUAAUGCUCUAAUUGCAAAUCUUACAAUGAGACAAAUGUCUGAUAUCAAGUGUAAAUACAGUUUGCUACCUUUACAUCCUACUUGGAAAGAAAAUCUUCACUCAUUUAUUCACUCGGUCUUGGAAUUGGAACAGAAGAUACUUUUUGUCGCGUUGGGUUCUUGCUGGGUUCAUCUUAAUUUGUUGCAUUUGAUACGAAAGGAAAUAUGUUCACUGAAUGGACCUAAUUGUUGUUACGGGAUUCAUUUUCAGAAAAUAACAUCUAUGCAAGCGUAUUUUCUAAAAACUCAACUAAAUGAUAUAAACUCGUGUUCCAGAGAGGCUAUUUCCCCUUCAAAUGAGAAACGUCACAUUGUCGCAACUGCUUUAGUUAAAGAUGAAAAAUCGAAUCCAGUCGAAGCAUUCCCGGUUUUACUGUAUAUAAUUCAUCUUGCUAUUGGAGAGAACGGAGAACGAAUAUCAGGCAAAGGUCUUGUGCCAGCUCAUCUGAAAUACAGACAAUAUAAAGGCCCUGGAAUUUCAGAAUGGACACUAGAAGAUGUUUAUAUGGAGACGUGCUAUGUCUUGUCGGGUUUAUCUCGUAAAGCAGGUUUGUGCUUGCUGUCGAUACCGAAGUUAACUGUGUCACAUAUUAAGGAAAUAUGUAAUGACAAAACAGCCUCAUUUAAAAACGAUGAGAAACAACAGGUGAUACCGGCAAAAGAGGACGGUGUUAGUGAUCUCUUACCAAAUUCCCAGGAGAAUCUCGAUAUGGUUUCCGACUUUAAAACCUCCUUUUCAAAACCGACAAAUUUUGAACAAGAAAAACACGACAUUCAUACCUUUUUGUCAAAAUUCGGAUCAGGCAAUGAUAUGGCGGCAAACAUUAGCAACGUUGAAACAUAUAAAAGUGACGCACACGUUGCCACGACUUCGUGUGAAGCAUUGUCUGGACAUAAAAGUCCUUCACCUAAGAAUGUUGAAAAUCCCAGUGAAGAUAAUUGUACGGAUCCUUGUUCACCUUCUUCAAUAAAUGAUUGUGAAAGUUCAACGUUUAAUCAUUGUGAUGGUGAAGCACUUCCUGGUACAUUACAGAAUAAAGUAGAUUCAGAUGAAGACGAGUAUAUAUGUGUGACAGACGAUGAACCGGAUGGAGCCUUUUCUGACAGUAAGUGGGACACAAGUAAUGAUUUACCUUUGAUGGCAAAUGUUGAUGAAGUAUUGGUCACGCAUUAUGUGUUAAAUCUGAGUGUCAAUUUUAACGCCAAAGUUAUGACUGGGGACAUCACGUUAUUUCUGAAGCCUGCUGCUGAGGUAGUUUUGGAAAGACAAUUUCAGUUAUGUUUGGAUUGUUCAUUGGUUGAUAUUGAAUCAGUGGAGGAAAUUGAUUUGAAGGAUGACUUUAGUGUCCGAUACUAUGGAGCUACUAAGGAUUGUAAUGAAGGUCCAUCAUAUUCACCUGAUGUCUUUCAAGUUGAGAAACAUAAGAAAGACCCAGUUGCUCUACCAUACACCUUCCUGCCUUAUGCUGUACGAAACUGGUGUGUUAGGAUUUGGAAACCAUACAAGCUAGGUAGAACAUGGCCACGUUGUGUGAAAAUAAAGUACUCUACAAGACCUGAAGGAAAAUCGUUGACCUGGACAACGAAUCAAGACAGAAGACCUUGUGUGUUUUCCCCUGGUGCUUAUAUCAACAAUCGUUCCCUAAUGCCGUGUCAAGAACCUCCAGUAGCGAUGUCCACCUGGCAGGCCGCCAUUCAUGCCCCUAGAGGAUGCACAGUAUUGAUGAGCGGUAAUGAACUGAGGGUGCAGAACUCAGACGAUGGAGAUUAUGUAUCAUUUUUGUACGAGAUGAAUAUACCAUUGCCAUGUUCAACGUUAGCUCUUGCUAUUGGUUGGUUUGAAUGUCGUCAAACAACAACGGUUGCCCUGUCAUCCAUUAUACCGUGUCGUGUCUUUAGUGCAGAAAGUACUAUUGAUGACGUAUCUGAAGAGUUAUUACCUCGAUGUAAGAAGUAUGUUUCCGCUGCUUGUGAACUACUUGGAUCCUAUCCUUUUACCAGAAUGGAUUUGGUAAUAUUACCAAGAUGUUUUGCUUGUAUGGGAUUAAUGAGUCCAAAUAUGGCUUUUCUUUCUCAAUCUAUCUUGGCACGUGAUGGAACCAUGUGCACGCGUGUUGCUCAUGAAAUAUCACAUACAUGGUUUGGAUUAUUAAUUGGAGCAAAGGACUGGUCCGAAGAAUGGUUGAGUGAAGGUUUUGCAACUUAUAUGGAAGAAAGAAUACUUUGUAAAGUAGAAGGUUGGACAGGUGACGAAGAAUUGUUUUAUGUAGAGUUAUGUCAAAUUCUAAAACACAGGACAUUGCUUGCUGAAUUUCAACAUGCCGAUGAAAACAUGCAACGUCUUAGACCAAAGUUGCCGAGUGUCGUCACAGCCGCUGAAGCUGUUCGCCAGAGUAUGGAGAAAGAGAAAUGCCCUGAAAAGAAAAGUGCAGAUGAUAUUGUUCCUCACACCACCGUCACUAAUGGUCAAGUAUGUUCAAAGAAAUGGACACAAAUAUAUUAUCUCAAGGGAUAUUUUCUACUUCAUCACAUGUCAUCUUUGGUGGGUGUGGCGAACUUUGAUAAUUUUCUGAAAGAAUACGUCUUAAAAUAUGCUGGACAACUUGUUAAUUCAGAGGAGUUUUUUGAUUAUUUCGAAAGAAGGUUUACUUCUUUGAGGGAAGAGAAUAUAAAAGAUCAGUUAAUCAAAGAAUGGUUAGACCGGCAUGGCUUACCGAAGCAUGUCCCAAAGAAAAUUGGCAGUCCUGGUAAUUAUCUUAUUAACGAAGUAGAAAGUGAGUUCUCCUUCUGGAAGAAAACAGAUGCUGCUAAUAAGAGAAGAAAAACACAGCAUAUCAGAACUAAAAAGCCUAUAAAAGAUCAUCCUAAAGUGAACGGCCAGACUCAAUUGGUUGUUUUGCUGGAGAGAUUGCUAGAACGUGAUGCCAUGGCAAUUGCUACUCUUACCCAACUGGAUAACUGCUAUCAUUUUGCUGAUAAAAAUGCUGAGGUUCGACAUCGAUGGUGUGAACUGGUUGUUAAACACAGUUAUUACCCUGGUUAUCCUCAAGUUAAAAAAUUUCUGAUUGAAGAUCAAGGAAUGGGGAUUUACCUCUUUGGUGAACUACUUAUAUCACAGCAACCGAAACAGAAACAGUUGGUUUUGGAUGUUCUCUCUAUCAUUGAUGGCGAGAUGGAUCAAUGCACGUUGAAGACGGUUCAAGAUAUGUUGGAAGGAAGAGACUGACGAACAUACGUCUCGUCUUCCAUUAAACAAAGUCAUUAGAUUAUUUAUUAAAUAUUUUUAUUUGAUUCGAAUGCAAUUCUGUUGAAAUUUCCUUCCAUAGACGUUUUUAUAUGCACUUAGUAAAUUUUUCUAUUCCGCUUUUGGUAUUACUGAUAUUCAAGACGCAGAUUAUUUUUGUCCUUGCAUGUGUAAAAGCACGUGAUGUUUCCCCCAACCAUAUGGUGAAAGUAACAACGUAUAUAUCCUAUAACUCUAUAGCUAUGCUAAAUUUUCAAGAAUUCGUAGCCAAAAUUUAAAAAUAGCGAGAUAUCGAUGUUAAAAAAAGUAAGCCGGUUACGGUAAUGUUUACCCACCUCGCUAGGUGCAUGGUUAACUUUUUUCCACAUGUCGACAUUACGCUGUUUUUCCAGUUGCCCUCUGCGUUGUCCGUGCGCACGGCAACCAUGGUUGCACUAAACAGUGGCGUGGCAAGCCUGACGGUUUUCAGGCAAACUAUAUGUAAACUAUAAGUUAUUACAUUAUUUAUUCCUCUAGAGAUAAAUACGCUCAGUGAAAUACCCUUGUUGAUGUAAUAUAGAAUGCACUCCAAAAGGAAGAUGAUCUUCGCUGAAUUGAUG